AUAGUCUCCGCCCUAAAGUAUAAAAAGCCGCUGCGCACCCUCAGUCGGUCUUCACGCCACAUCCACCGGAGGAUUAUCCGCCUGUCCCCCAGCCAGAGCGCCACUGACAAGAAUCAUGUCUAACAUUGACGAGCGCACCUUCAUCGCCAUCAAGCCCGAUGGAGUUCAGAGGGGAAUUAUUGGAGAGAUCAUCAAGAGGUUUGAGGUGAAAGGCUUCAAACUCGUGGGCAUGAAAAUGCUCCAUGCCUCUGAUGCUCUCCUGCAGCAGCACUACAUUGACCUGAAGGACAGACCGUUCUUCCCUUCCCUCAUCCAGUACAUGAGCUCUGGCCCAGUGGUCGCCAUGGUGUGGGAAGGCAAGGGUGCGGUGAAGACAGGCAGGACCAUGCUGGGCGCGACCAACCCAGCCGACUCCAACCCUGGAACCAUCAGAGGAGACUUCUGCAUCGACGUCAGCAAGAACAUCAUCCACGGCAGCGACUCUGUAGAGAGUGCCAAGAAGGAAAUCGCCCUGUGGUUCAAGAACGAGGAGCUGGUCAGCUACACGAGCUGUGCCUUCAGCUGGCUCUACUGAGCCGCUCCUGCCCCUCUCCGGGAUUCCUCACACCUGGCCGGGGUCCAGUCAACUCACCUCAGCGUCCUGUGGGCUGUCUGUCCCACACACGGGACAGAGGGUAGAACCGACUUGACAUCAGUGACAAUUUCCCCACAUUCCUCGCCUCCUGUCGCCCCUCCCUCCUCCUCCUCUAUGCCUCAUCAUGCUGUACCUGUCUGAUUUGGUCUUUCAUAAGGGCCAUGUCUGUGUUUGUGGUUUAUUCCAUGUUCCAUUCCCUUUUUUUCAAGCAUUCCAUUCCCAAACUUGAUUGUACAUUUACUGACUUGAAAGCAUCUGUCAGUUUUGUUAAACGGUGGUCCUGUUUCCAAUAAAAGACACAAUACCAUG